AUGACCUCCAACACCACCACAUUCACCCUCAACAACGGUGUCAAGAUCCCAGGCCUGGGAUUUGGCACCUUUGCCAAUGAGGGCGCAAAGGGUGAGACCUACAAGGCCGUCACCUGCGCCCUCAAGUGCGGAUACAGGCACCUCGACUGCGCCUGGUUCUACCUCAAUGAGGCAGAGGUCGGCCAGGCUGUGAGGGAUUUCCUCAGUGAGAACCCCUCUAUCAAGCGAGAGGAUCUCUUCAUCACCACCAAGGUCUGGAACCACCUCCACGAGCCCGAGGAUGUGAAGUGGUCGAUGCAAAACUCGCUGUCCAACUUUGGCCUCGACUAUGUCGACCUCUUCCUGGUUCACUGGCCCAUCGCCGCUGAGAAGGACGCCGACAACAAGCCCAAGAUUGGUCCCGACGGCAAGUACGUCAUCAAGAAGGACCUCACAGAGAACCCUGAGCCUACAUGGCGCGCCAUGGAGGAGCUGCUGGCCAGCGGAAAGACUCGCGCCAUUGGCGUUUCCAACUGGACCAUCCCCGGUCUGAAGAAGCUGCUGGGCUUUGCCAAGGUCAAGCCUGCUGUCAACCAGGUUGAGAUUCACCCCUUCCUUCCCAACACCGAACUUGUCAAGUUCUGCCAAGACAAUGGCAUCCUGCCCCAGGCCUACUCGCCUCUUGGCUCCCAGGACCAAGUCCCCACCACAGGCGAAAAGGUCCGCACCAACAAGACCCUCAACGAAGUCGCCGACCGCAGCGGACACACCCUGGCUCAGGUUCUUCUCGCCUGGGGUCUCCGCCGAGGCUACUCUGUGCUGCCCAAGAGCUCAACUCCCUCGCGCAUCGAGAGCAACUUCCAGGUUCCCACCCUCUCUGACGCCGACUUUGAGGCUGUCGAGGGCGUUGCCAAGGGCCGUCACACUCGCUUCGUCAACAUGAAGGAUACUUUCGGCUACGAUGUCUGGCCUGAGGAGAGCCCCGAGAAGGGUACUUCUGUUGUUUAA